AUUUUUCUCUAAUAUAAUAAUUAUCUUACGAGUACACAUAACUAAACAUAAGAAGAAACGAUUACUAAACAGCUAUAAAAAGCAGGUCGACUCAUCAGGUUCCGAACAACAAAAAGAUACCAAAAUGGCUAAUUAUUGCUACAUCAUCCUGGCCGCGCUUCUGGUUCUAGCCACGACCCACCGCUCCACCGCCAUACCCGCCGGAUCAACGCCGGCGAAACGCACUCCCAAGACCCUCUCCGCCGCGGAAAAGGAUUUCCUCGAUGCCCACAACGAGGCGAGAGCCGCCGUGGGCGUGGCGCCGCUGGCAUGGAGCCAGGCCCUGACCACCGCCGCCAGCCGGUUCGCGAGGUACCAGAGGAACCAGAAGAACUGCGAGUUCGCGAAUCUUAACCGUGGGAAAUACGGUGCGAACCAGCUCUGGGUGAAGGGGAUGGCCAUGCCACCGCGCUCGGCCGUGGAGGCGUGGGUCAACGAGAAGGAGUUCUACGACUACGGGACUGACACGUGCGCCGCCAACCACACGUGCGCCGUAUACAAGCAGGUCGUGUGGAGGAACUCCAAGGAGCUCGGGUGUGCUCAGGCCACGUGUCCCAAGGACUCGACGGUUCUCACCAUUUGCUUGUAUAACCCUCCUGGUAAUAUCGAUGGUCAAAAGCCCUACUAGAAACUACUCUUCCUAAAUGCGAUCGUGGGUUCAGCAGUGAAGUGUUUGUGUUUUGUUUUUUUUCUUUUAUUUAUUACAUUAUAUGUUGGAGUUGAUCUCUCAUGCAUUUCCCGCGAGUUGAUUACAAUAAAAGUAUAGCCAGAACGAAUCAUUAUGUAUAAGAUUCGGCUUAUUUUAAAUUUAAAUAAUAAAACCAA